GGGAGGAGUCAGGCACCCGCUGCCAAGCCCUUAAUCCUUUCUCUUGAGAGUGGUUUCUUUUGUUUGACCACUUUUACCUCCCACAUUCCUGUAAAGACCUGGUCCAAUCUGGUACUAAAGAGACCAGCACCGCCUUCUUGCUCUCGUCUUCUCAUGGGUGCUCUGGUGUGGGAUUAAAUUGUGCGCACACUACGCCACCUGAGCAGUGACAGGAAAUCAGAAGCCUCUCGCUGGUGACAGUCCCCCACAGUCCUUAAGAAACAGCAGACAGCCGCAAUGAAGCUUCUAGCCUCUCCCUUCCUUCUGUUGCUGACAGGGAUGUUCACGGCCACGGUCUCCAGCAGCCCGAAUCAAGAUUGGUCCCUGCGAGUCUCAAAGAGAAAAACCACAGCAGUGCUGGAGCCACCAAGGAAGCAGUGUCCCUGUGAUCAUGUCAAGGGCAGUGAGAAAAAGAACAGACGCCAAAAGCACCACAGGAAGUCACAAAGGCCCUCCAGAACCUGCCAGCAAUUUCUCAAGCGAUGUCAACUAGCAAGCUUCACCCUGCCCUUAUAGUUCCGAGACUCUGCCCUCCAGCUAGGCUCUCUCAACGAGAGGGAGAUGAUCAUCCCUGGAGCGCUUCUUAUCCCCCCACCCCCAUCCUCACCAAGAGCACCCCAGCGCUCUCGAAGGCACGGCCCAGCUGUGUACCUGCCACUGUGUCCUCUGCACUUGUCACUCUUCUUACAUGCCUUCUGUCCGGGGUCUAAAAGGCAGGUGAAGCACUGAAUCAGAGACUGCCUGGUUAGAAGCAAUAAAGGUUUAGAAAUUGUGGUUUCUUAGCAUCUAGACAACCUUCAGUGUUUAUGGUUCCUGUCAUCAUCAUCAUCAUCACCACCACCCUCAUCACUACCCCCAUCAUUAUCACUGCACUCUGUGGGUCUCUAACACAGUACAAGAGAUAUAAAUGCAGAAGCACAGCUCGAGGCUAGAAAGAUGGAAAGGAGGAUCCCAGCUGCCAUUCAAAAGGAUUUUGAACCAAUAAAAACAGAAUGGCA